UAUCUAAGUUGAUAAUAAUGUCUACGGAUCUUCCAGUGACACUGACAUACAAUGCCACAAGUGCGAAUAUCACUAAUUCAACUGAGUUUGAUUUUACGUCGAUGCUGCUUACGUCAAAAGUUGUGAAUGGAUUGUUGCUUUUAAUGUCCAUAUGGAUGUUAUUAUCAAUGGUUAUUUAUGGUUCGAGAAAUAAAAAAUGGAGAAAAACUGCCGGUACGUCAAGCCUAAAUAGUGGUAUUAUUUAUCAAGCUUGCGUUGUUUCAAUUGCUUUACUCAUUCCAAGACUGUUAUUGAACAUUCUAAUAUUUCAUCUUCGCAACAUUGGAAAUGCUAUGGGAUGGUGUGAGCUGAUCACAGACAUAUCUGUUACACUUCGACUAAUUUCUAGGUAUUCAAUAUACUUGUUUCUCUGGCUACGACAGAGAAUACUUUACCAACACCCAUCGACGAGACAACUUGGUGGUACUCGUGUGAAUAUUGUAAGCUGGGCAUCACUUCUUGGGAUUCUGUUAACUUUUGUUGGACUAUUUUGUUACUCGGUAGCGCCUGCUUCGUACGAAUCCACACUACACGGCUGUGUGAACAUCCAACAAAGUCUUCCGUUCUUAGUAAUUGGAUAUAUGCUUGGGUUUUUGUUGAUUGUGGCUCAAUUACUAUUAUUGGGUUUAUUUAUCUAUCCAAUGGUAAAGAGCCGAUCUCUUCGACAACAAAGUAUUCGACAACAUUAUCGUUCAGAUGAAGAAUCAAACGACAUAAACCAACACCACAACAUUGGAAAAAACUUGAAUGUAUUAUGUUUUUGUUAUGGUAAAACAAUUUUCUGUAAAGAAAAUAAUCCUAUAGCUCAUACAGUACGACGUUCUGUAUUUUGUACUAUUAUAGCUGCAUUAUCGGAUAUCCUUGCAGCUGGGGUGGUGUUUGGCCUACCUCCACAAACUAUCCCGCGACCAAUACAAAAUGUUAUAUUCAGUACAAGCACAUUUAUAAAUAUUUUCUGUGCUUUAGCAACUUUCAAAAAGUAUUGGUCAAUGCUGAUAUCUCCUUGUGAUUCUUGCUGCACAAAAAGAAUUGAAAAUGUAAGAGGAGAUGAAACAUUGUCCCGUCAGAUGAGAACUUCGAGUCUUACAACCUAA